AUGGUCCGCGAGAUCAUCAUCGAGACGGGCGACACGUGGUGGUCGAGCAAGCGCAGCCCCAAGCGCUACCACUCGUUCAGCCACCACCACCACCAUACGCCCCCGCCGCCGUCGCCGCCGCCACACCACAAGGAGAUCGAGCGACUCGAGGCCGACAACGAGCGGCUCCGCGCCGAGCUGGCGGGCGCCAGGGCGACGGUGGAGCGUCAGAACGCCGACGAGCGGCGGCUCGCGGGCGAGAACCACCGGCUGCGGCACGAGGUCGAGACCCUGCGCAAGUCGCACGGCGGCUGGGACGAUGACACGUUCCGCCUGCGCACAAAGGUCGUCCGCCUGCAAAACGACAACGAGGCCCUCAAGGCCCGCAACCGCGCGCUCGAGGACACGGUCGGCGACUGCGAGGCCAAGCUGGGCAGGAAGGAGGAGCUGAUCGCGCGGCUCAAGGAGGAGAUCGCGCACCUCAAGGACAAGCUGUGCUACUACGAGUCGGCGCCGCUGCCGCCGAGGAGGGUGGCCAAGUGGUGGUAA